AGCUGUAGUUUGUUCAACAUCACGAAAAGAGUCUAAAAAACAAUGAUCGUCCUCACAUGGCUGCUCGCAUUUGGUUUAGUGCAAAUCUAUCCACUGGGAGCAUCCUACCAGUGUGGAAUUCGUAAGCAUUCGUUUGUUCCAAGGAUGCAUCGUGGAUGGGCGGCGGAAGAAGGACAGUGGCCUUGGCAUGGUGCCUUGUUCCACAAAACACAAACCGAUUCCCAUGAGUACGCUUGUGGUGCUACCUUGCUGAACCAGAAACACGUCCUGACAUCGGCCCACUGUGUCAUCAAUCGUAAUUCACAUUAUCCAUUACCAGCGAAUAGAUUCGAGCUUCAUUUUGGACAGCAAAAUAUCGCUAAGAUGAACGGUCAUGUUCAGGUCCGAAAGGUUAGUGAUGUUCACGUUCAUCCAGAACAUUCCACUCACAAGAAUGACGUUGCGAUGCUGGUGAUGAAAUUUCCGGUACAAUAUACAGACUUUGUUAUCCCAAUCUGCAUGGAUCAACGGGCGGACAGUGAUCUACGGAAUCUAGAAGGUCAACGCGGUUGGAUCACUGGUUGGGGAACGACGGAGAGUGGCGUCAUAUCGGAUGUACUCAAGACGGCCUCGAUGCCUGUGGUUGGUUAUUUGCAGUGCUUCAACGAUGAUCAGAUUUUAUUUGGAAAUCUGCUAAAUCGGAAUGUGUUCUGUGCAGGGGAGCGUAAUGGAACCAGCCCCGGCACGGGAGACAGCGGGGGAGGCAUGUACUUCAGUGAAGGCGAUAGCUGGGUGCUCAAAGGAAUCAUAUCCUUUGCGAAGGCGGACGAGAUGAGGAAUGAGGUCGAUACUUCAAAAUUUGCGGUAUUUGUAAAUGUACAGCGGUUUUUGCCGUGGAUCAAACAAAUCAUGUCUCCUACAGUGGAAAGGCCGAAACGAACUAGCGAAAGAGAAUGUGACCGGUUUCAGAGAUUGACAAAGAAACGACGGAUUGGAAGUUGUGCAAACGCAAGAUAUCCGCAUACUGUUACCCUUCUCUAUCCCGAUGGUGAAGCUAAAUGUGCUGGUGUUCUCGUGAAUGAAAAUCACGUGCUAACUGCUUGCCACUGUGAACAUUUCAACAGCAGUACUCAGAUUCAAAGACCAACAAAGGUACAAAUCGAUGCUUAUGGUAUUGUUGGUAUUUCGAAAAUAACGUGUCAUCCACAAUAUAAAACGAAAUAUUUGUACCAUGACCUAGCGGUUGUUAAGUUGAACUCAGCCGUCGAGCUAUCCAGCAAUUUGAUCCCCGCUUGUUUGGCCAACAACUGGACGGAGAAUCUCUACGACACGCUGCUUCAAACCGGCUAUGGUAAAAGCUUAUUUACAGGUGUAAAAAAAUUCAUCGAUUCCGAUGAAAAUCAGAUCAUCACUAAGGAGCAAUGCGAUCAACUGAGUACUACGUCCAAAAUUGCACCCAACGGUACCAUAUCUGCUCAGUUGUGUGUGAUCAAUAGCGAUCGGUUGAGAAUAAGCAACGUAGCACUUCCCGGUACUCCUCUGCAGUCGGUCAACAGUCGAACCUGUUUGUACACAGUAGUAGGAGUGACAAGUUCCGCGAACUUUGGACCAAAUCUCACUACCAUCGACGUUUAUAGCAGAGUUUCCCACCACCUGGAUUGGAUUGAAGAGAUCGUCUGGAAUGUGAAGCCUCCAAUGGCAGCAACUGUUGGCAGGAGACGCCGUGUUACUCUUUAAUACGGUGCGAACGAGGUAUCACAGUGAAGACUCAAUUGAGUUUGAAAGCAGUUUUACCAUCUGGCAUGAGAAUUCCAUCAGUAUUAAAUAUGUUAAUGCAUUGCUAUGGAAAAGGGCCUAAUUUUUUUGUUGUAGAUUCACAUUACAUUGGCAUGUAUUGAGAUAGGACCACUUUUUAAAUGUACCUUGAAUGUAUAUCCAUUACUCAUUAGUUUACUCAAUUCUGAAUGCUUUUGGUUAUGUACGUACGCUCCGUUACCAAGA